AUGUCUAAUAGAUGGAUUAUAUCAAAAAUACCUCUGACUACCGUUGAUUUCCCAUUAGUUGAUAUGACGAAUUAUUGUCAUACUGAAAUCUCCUAUGGAUCAUUGGAUAAAGAAAUAACACAUGAGCUAGUCGAAAAGUGUCGUCGAGAAAGCGUUACAGUGACAUCAGCUGUUAACAGUGCCAUGCUAUGCGCUAUAACCACAUUAGUAAGUCCUAGUGAUGACCAACGAUCGGCACUACAGUUUUCUAUCGGAGCCGAUACUCGUAGACGAUGUAUACCAUCCAUUCCAAAUCAUGAUCUUAGUUAUCAAGUAUCAUGUAUUUUGCCCUUCACCAUACCUAAAAGUGACAUACCAACGGAUUGUGAAGGUAUGUGGCAUCUUGCAAGAACACUUGCACAAUACAUGAAAACGUCGAUCGACGCUAAUCAAAUUCUUGCUAUUGGCAUCAUUCUUGGAAAGUUAUACCAGAAGAUGUUUGGUCCACCUGAUUUAUCUCAAUUACCCACUUAUGGAAACUCCAGCUGGGGUAUUUUACCUUUUCGCGCGCAAUAUACUAGAUGGGAAUUCACUGGUAUGACACCAUUUAUGAAUUCGGUUCGAGGAACUACGCCAUUUACUAUAAUUCAAACUGUCAAUGGAAUAUUAACUAUUAUUUUUAUUGGAAAUGAUCCUGUCCUUCCUUUAAAAAUCAUUGAUGAUUUCCGUGAUCGUACCAUGCAGAAAUUACACCAAAUGAUUGCAGACUGA